UACGCCGCCUCCUCCCACCCAUCUCAAGCCGUUUCCAAUAAAAACGCGCUACCUCCAUGUCCCCGCACCACACCACCUCCAUCUCCAUGGACACCUCCACCCUUGCCGCCGUCGCUUCCUUCGUCGCCUUCUCCACGAAGCCCCGCCUCCUCCCGCCACUCAACCCCUCUCGCACCCUUCCACGCACCCGCGGCUCCCUUGCCGUCUGUUGCUCUCACUCCCACGCCUCUCCUCCGCCCUCGCCCCUCCCGUGCACUGCGUCCGAUGAGGAGGAGGUCGCUCCUCCGCGCCUCCGCCUCCGCCUACUCGCCGAGGAGUUCGGCGCUCUCCCGGACGCCGACCGCGCGCGCCGCCUGCUCGCGUACGCGGCCGCGCUCCCGCGGCUGCCCCAGGCGGACCGCGUCGCGGCCAACCGCGUCAUGGGGUGCGUCGCGCAGGUCUGGCUCCUGGGCAGCUGCGACCGCUCGGGACGCAUGCGGUUCGCGGCCGACUCCGACUCCGAGCUCUCGCGCGGGUACUGUUCCUGCCUCGUCUCCGCGCUCGACGGCGCGGGCCCCGAGGAGGUGCUCGACGUGGACCCCGCCGAUCUCGCACCGCUCGGUGUGGCCGCGGGGGCGCGGUCCCGGGUCAAUACGUGGCACAACGUGCUCGUCGGCAUGCAGAAGCGGGCGCGGGCAGCCAUUUCGGCGCGCGAGGGCAGGCGUCCUGGGGAGCCGUUCCCGUCGCUCGUGAUCGGCCGGGACGGCGCCGUCCGCGCGCAAGGAAGCUACGCCGAGGCCAAGGCGAAGUUUUUAUCUCCUGACCAGUCCAAGAUUUCUGAGCUUGUGAAUGCCCUCAGAGAGAAACAAAUUGGAAUUGUGGCCCAUUUCUACAUGGAUCCUGAGGUGCAAGGCAUACUAACUGCUGCAAAGAGGCAAUGGCCCCACAUUCACAUAUCCGACUCAUUGGUAAUGGCAGAUAGUGCUGUUCAGAUGGCUGAAUCAGGAUGCAAAUAUAUCGCUGUGCUAGGUGUUGACUUCAUGUCAGAAAAUGUCCGUGCAAUACUUGAUCAAGCAGGAUUUACUCAGGUUGGUGUUUAUAGAAUGUCCAGCGAGCAAAUUGGUUGUUCCUUGGCAGAUGCUGCUUCAAGUUCUGCUUAUACACAUUUUCUUAAGACGGCAUCAAGAUCUCCUCCUUCUUUACAUGUCAUUUAUAUCAAUACCUCACUGGAAACAAAAGCUCAUACUCAUGAACUUGUUCCUACGAUAACCUGUACCUCUUCCAAUGUUGUUGCAACUAUACUACAGGCAUUUGCCGAAAUACCAGAUCUUAAUGUCUGGUAUGGUCCUGAUUCCUAUAUGGGUGCGAACAUAGCAGACCUAUUUAAGAGAAUGACUAUCAUGUCAGAUGAAGAGAUUACAGAGAUACAUCCAGAUCACAACAGGAAAACUAUAAGUUCAUUAUUACAACGUCUUCAUUACUAUCAGAAUGGUAACUGUAUUGUGCAUGAUAUGUUUGGCCAUGAAGUUGUGGAGAAAAUAAAGGAGGAAUACUGUGAUGCAUUUCUAACUGCACACUUUGAAGUCCCAGGAGAAAUGUUUUCUUUGUCAAUGGAAGCAAAGACGAGGGGAAUGGGAGUAGUUGGAUCCACUCAGAAUAUCUUAGAUUUCAUUAAAUACCAUUUGAAGCAAGCUCUGGAUCGGGAUGUUGAUGAUCAUCUUCAGUUUGUAUUGGGAACAGAAUCAGGAAUGAUCACUUCGAUUGUUGCUGCUGUCCGGCAAUUAUUUGACUCCUAUGAAUCUUCCAAAGAAGGUGCUAGCAUUGAAGUAGAAAUUGUGUUCCCUGUUUCGUCAGACGCAAUUUCUAAGACAUCUGUUGAUGAUUCCCAUCAUUUCGGCUCUUCAGUAGCGAAUGAUUUAGAACAGAUUAAUAUUGUGCCUGGUGUGUUUUCUGGUGAAGGGUGCUCUAUCCAUGGUGGCUGUGCAUCAUGCCCUUACAUGAAGAUGAAUUCUCUCGAGUCGCUACUUAAAAUCUGCCAGCAGCUUCCUGGUGAAGACAACAGUUUAUCUGUUUAUCAGGCUAGUCGAUUGAAUGCUAAGACUUCCCUUGGGAAAUUGGUUGCGGAGGUUGGGUGUGAGCCAAUUUUGCAUAUGAGGCAUUUCCAGGCGACAAAGAGAUUACCAGACAAGCUCGUUCACCAGGUUAUCCAUGGUAACGGAGGGGAACCUUUAUGAUGGCCGUUCCUCAGAAUCUUCCCUGUCAACUUUAUUCAGGUGUUUAUGGAUGAUACAUCAUUAUAUUGCCCCACUUGAGUACUACUCCGUACCUGAUAUUAGCAUUGCAGGGUGCAGUAUCCGGCUUUGCACCAAGUGUUGUUAUCACGUUACUGAUAAUUACCGGUGGAGUGACAUUCAGAGUCUGCAAUGGGUAGGUAUAUUGGCUGACCAAUUGUUAUUCGUCUCAGCCAAAAUGUUUCUCGUGUAUGUUUGAUGUCAGAUAUAUAAAUGGGCGGCAUACGAGUAUACAAUAGCAUUGCUCAACAAUUUUUGUGCUCUGUAACGGGGAGGACCUAAAUCACCUGUGUUGCUGUGAUGUAUUUGAAGCUUUUAUCCUCGUGUUGUAAAA